AUGCAAACGGAAUUUCAUAUUGAGCAAUGUCGUAGAAUCCGACGAGUGAAAUGCGGAGAGGAGAGACCGAGCUGUCUCCGAUGCAGCAGUACAGGCCGCAAAUGUGACUUUGAAGAGAGGCCAUCGCCCUCCACGGUUUCCAUCAUCAGCCCCUCGGCAUUAUCAUCGAACACGAACACGGUAUGGCGAGAGCGCCGUGCAUUCGCCUAUUACUUUGAAUUCGCUGCCUCUUCCGUUGGAGGUGGAUUAGAUCUCGAUUUCUGGCGCACCAUCGUGCCGCAGGUUUGCCGGGACGAGCCUGCCGUAUGGGAUGCUAUCAUAGCCAUAAGCGCGCUGUUUGAGACUUCCAAGCAAGGCCUGGAUGCAUUUUCCCAACGCAAAAAGGGGCCGGAUUCCCUCAGUCAAUCUCAUCAAGACGCUUUGGGCUGGUAUUCACGGUCGGUAUCUGCUGUCCGGCAGCGCAUUGAGCGUGGUAGCGUAGACAUCUUUGUCGGGCUGAUCAGUUGUGUGCUUUUCAUCUGCAUUGAAGCCGUACAGGGAAAUGCAGAGGGUGCCUUGCAGUUGUAUAGGCAAGGCGUACAGCUUAUUCUGACCAUGCGCCCUCAAAUCGCAUCUGGUGCUAUACCUGCAAACAAAGCUGCCCUGUUAGAGGAGACGAUCAUCCCGAUAUUCGUCCGUCUAGCGGCCAUCGCCCCCGCCAUUGCUGGAACUCCGGUGACCGCAUUACUUCGGGAUACCGAAAUUUCAUCGGCGCAAACUUUCGACUCUCUCAGGGCCGCUCGGCAGGGGAUCGUCUACUUGGCUGUGGAGAUUCCACUCUUCGAAAGAGAUUGCAUGAAGCAUCUAAUACAGCCUCAUGUCACUCGUGUCCCCGAAGAAUUCAUCACUCAAGCAUUCAGCCUAGGCGCCCGACUGAGAAAUUGGCAUAUUGCUUUUGAAAACUUGAUGCAUCGUUUACGCGGCAAGGGCGUUCUAUCAAUGCAGCAGAUUGGCACAAGCGCCCUUCUCUCAAGCUACCAUGACAUGCUGUUUGUAAUGCUGCAGACUUGCACAUCACUAUCACUAAUGCAAUUCGACGCAUACCUACCAAACUUCCAAAACAUUGUCGAACAAUCUACCAUUGCACUCGAAGCUUCGAUCCGAUCAGACGGCACACAACCACCAUUCACAUUCGAACUCAGCGUCGGUCUCCCGCUCUGGUUCACGAGUGUCCGAUGCCGCGAACCGCGCACCCGUCGCGCGGCACUAGCCCUACUGCAUCGAUCACCCCACAUUCAAGGAUUCUACGAGUGCUCGUUCGGAGCAGCUGUAAGCCAAAAGAUCAUGGAACUCGAAGAAUCUCAAGCAAUGGCGAUGAACGCAACUUAUCAAGCCAAUAUUGGCACAAUAGAGCCAGCAAGCGACCCCGCUGCUGCUUCCGAGCUUACCAUAGGCUUGCAAUCUGCUCCGUCGGAAUUGGUAUCGAGGGUACCAACAACACUGGUUAUCCCUGAAGAAGUGCGCAUUGGGCCUAUCGAUGUGUUUCGACCGUCAGAUGGCUUGCUUCCUGGGACCACGGAGAGAGACGUUGCGAAGUGGAAUCGGAGCAUUGAUCAGCCUUUUUGCGGGUUUCGCGGACUGAGCGCGGUCUUGCUAGCGAUUCUCUGCGGCUUACUUAUGAAUGUAUUCCGCUUGAUUUUUGAUCAUGGAUUGAUGUGUCGACUUGCAUCGAGGUAUCCAUAA